AUCACCUCUGACGUCACAAGCGGUCAUGUACGUGAGGGAAAGAUGGCGGCGGUUCGGAGUAAUCGGACAAGUACCUUAGAUAUUAUAUGGAGGUAUCUUUUGAUAUUGUUGAAUCUACAACAAGUAGUGGAUUCAUUAUGGUGUUUCUGCAAUCCUUGUGCAGGAACAGUCGUCAACAAUUCUUGCCUUGCAAAAGAAGGAAGCAAAUGUUUCACUGCAAUAGAAGAAAAAAUGGAAAACAAUAUAGCAGUUGAUGUUUGGAGUUUUGGAUGUUUGCCUCCACAUGAAAGCACUGUCCUUCAGUGUAAAGGGGAUUUGGUUCCUCAUGUUACCCCUCAGACUGUAGCAUGUUGUGAUGGGGAAGAUUACUGCAAUAGAGAUUUGAAGCCCACAUUCAUAGAACGGAGUACAACUCCAAUUCCUGGUCCUCAAACUGAUACCAACUUUAACAAUACCUGCAAAAUUGUUGUUGCAGUUUCACUAUUAUUUUGUGUAAUAUUGUUAAUUAUAGCAAUGCACUGGGGUCAUCAAAGUUCAUGGCUACAACCAAACUCAGUCACACAUUCUUUGUGUCCAUAUGCACCCCUAUUGAUACAAGUUGGAGAUAUGAAAAUAAAAAAAUAUUAUAAAUGUGAAUUGGUAAAAUAUUUAGAAUCUCAGGUUCAGCGCACAAUAGCUAAGCAAAUAUAUUUGAUUAAGAGUAUAGGAAAAGGUCGGUAUGGUGAGGUGUGGAAAGGCAAGUGGAGAGGGGAAAAUGUUGCAGUGAAGAUAUUUUUUACCACAGAAGAAGAUAGUUGGUUCAGAGAAACUGAACUUUACCAAACAGUGCUGCUUAGACAUGAUAAUAUAUUAGGAUUUCUAGCUGCUGAUAUCAAAGGUACACAGCUAUAUCUCAUAACAGACUACCAUGAUCAUGGGUCACUAUAUGAUUUCCUUAGGGCAAACACAUUGAAUGCUGUUGAUAUGAUGCGCUUAGCUCACUCAACAGUAGCAGGUCUUGCAUUCCUUCAUGCAGAAAUAUAUGGAGCAAAAGGUAAACCUGCAUUAGCUCAUCGAGACAUAAAAAGUAAGAAUAUUUUGGUGAAGAAAAACCUAACAUGUUGUAUAGCAGAUCUUGGACUUUGUGUCAAAUAUAUUAGUGAAACUAAUGAAGUGGAUAUUGCACCUAAUUCUCGACAGGGCACCAAAUUGUAUAUGAGCCCAGAAAUAUUGGAUGAUACUAUAAAUAGGAAACAUUUUGAAUCAUUCAAACAGGCAGAUGUGUAUGCUCUUGGUUUAGUUCUAUGGGAAAUUGCACGUCGGUGUGUUCAUAAAGGAAUUGUUGAAGAUGCUCAGCUUCCAUAUUAUGAUUACCUCUCACCUGAUCCCAGCUAUGAAGAUCUUAAAAGGGUUGUGUGUAUUGAGAAAAAACGGCCUCCUAUUCCUAAUCGCUGGGUCAGUGAUCAUGUGAGUACUCGUUUCUGUUUCUCUGUAUGUAUGUACGUAUGAUCAACAACAUUUAACACCUGUUUUCCGUGUGUUAUGGUUAGACAGGAUCCAGUUAACUGGAAGAACUACAUCAGGCUAUAAUGUCUUUUUCAGCAUGGUUUCUAUUGUUGGAAGCCCUUACUAAUGCCAACCACUUUACAGAGUAUAUGGUGUGAUUUUUUCCAUGACACCAGCACUAGUUAAGUUGUCAAAUAACUUGCUAAACAAAGAAAGAAAACCUCUUGACUAAAUGAGAUUGUACUAGAGUAGGAGGUGGCUUUAUUCCAGAUGUAGAGAGUCUAAAGUAUAAUAGAGGGAUGCG